CAAAUAUCUGAACUCUUCUGUCAAGACGAGAAAAUCUGUGAAAAACUUGAAAAGUAAAAACAACUACCCAAGCAAACCACCAAAAACAUUAGUUAUUACAAUGAUAAAAUGGAGAUAUUGCUAAGAUUUGUACCAACAAAUCCGUUAAGGUUAACGGCCUCGAGAUUAAUAUUAACCCAUGUAGCGAACUAUACCAGAUUAGCUGAAGUAGGAAAACUAGAAGCUCCUAAAACAAGCGGAAAAUAUGAAACUGGUCAGUUAAUUCUGCAUAAAGUAUUUGGAUAUAGGGGAGUUAUUUUAUUUCCAUGGCUAGCAAGAGUAUAUGAUAGAGAUGCAAUAAAUAAAAAGGAAACUGCAGAUUCUUCUUGUGCUACUGACACUUCUGGAGAUAAUUUAUCGAAUGUUGGAAAAGAAGUUAAAGGAAGAACUCAUACUUUUUACCAGGUUCUAAUUGAUACAAGAGAUGCCCCAUACAUAACUGUGCAAACUACAUUCGACAUGCGACCUGAAUGGAAGAAGAAGAGAGCUCAAACUGAAGCCGUUACUUUUCUUGGUAACCAAGAGUCCAGUCGCAGCUUGUAUGCAAUACCUGGUUUAGAUUAUGUGGCGCAUGAUGACAUAAUACCAUAUGCAUCAGUUGAACGGGUGCCCUUGCAACAUGAGCUGUUCGACAAGUUUCUCAUGCACAACCCUGAUAAAGAUCCUCCCUUCAUUGCUCAAGAGACACUUCGAGCUUGGCAAAAGAAAAACCAUCCAUGGUUAGAGUUAAGUGAUGUCCAUCGUGAAACAACAGAGGGUGUUCGUGUAACAGUUAUACCAUUCUAUAUGGGUAGCCGAGAAUCACAAAACUCUGCAGUUUACUGGUGGCGUUAUUGCAUUCGGCUGGAGAAUCUUGGAUCACAAGCAGUACAGUUGCGGGAGCGUCACUGGCGAAUAUUUUCACUCAGUGGCACACUUGAAACAGUUCGUGGACGGGGCGUGGUGGGCCAAGAGCCUUUGUUGGCUCGCCACGCACCUGCCUUCCAGUACAGCAGUCAUGUUAGCCUUCAGGCACCUAGCGGCCAUAUGUGGGGUACAUUUAGAAUGGAGCGCGAGGAUGGUUAUACAUUUGACUGCCGUAUCCCACCCUUUUCGCUCGAGAGUAAACCGGAUGAAGGUGGUCCCGUGGCGCCCUCUACACCCGCCUAAAACGCAACUAGCACAGAUUAAGCUUCCACAUGUAUUUUAUAAAAAAAAAAAACCUUUUUUCAUAAAUGUCACUGUCAAUGUUCCUUUAUUCAUUUCGAAUACCAUUAGGUUUGGUGUAAAAUACAAAUGUGUGGAAGUUAAAUCGGCCCCAAAAACAUGACAUACCAAAUUUAACUCAUCUUACAUUCUAGCUAGGUCAACGAAAUUGUUAAUAUUUUUUUUCAUCUAAGUCAUUAUUUUUACCAUUUCAUACUAUUGAAUUAUUUAUUUUUUUGAAGCUAGACUCUCGACUGUCAUCGUAGGCUCGAUUAAACUUCUUAGUUAUAAUAAAUUUUAGAUCUAAUAAAUUACAGUAUUCUGUUA